ACUAUAAAUUCGGAGCUGCCUCCUCGCCGAUGAUUCCAGCUCCUGACAGCCAGGACCCCAGGCAGCAGCGAGUGACAGGGCGUCUGGACCGGCACGCCGCUAGCAGCUCUGCCGGGCCGCGGCAGUGAUCGAUGGGGAGCUGCUGGAGCGGACCCAGCGAGUGAGGGCGCACAGCCGGGACGCCGAGGCGGCGGGCGGGAGACCGCACCAGCGCAGCCGGCCCUCAGCGGGACGUGACGCAGCGCCCGGGGCGCGGAUGAACAAAGUGAAUCACAAGUCAAGUGACAGGCCAAUGGCUCCACAGGUCAUAGGAGGUGCAUUUUAUAUAGUGUUUGUGACAAAUUCGAACCAGGAGAUCAAAAUGAUUCUCAACUCUUCUACCGAAGAUGGUAUUAAAAGAAUCCAAGAUGAUUGUCCCAAAGCUGGAAGGCAUAAUUACAUAUUUGUCAUGAUUCCUACUUUAUACAGUAUCAUCUUUGUGGUGGGAAUAUUUGGAAACAGCUUGGUGGUGAUAGUCAUUUACUUUUACAUGAAGCUGAAGACUGUGGCCAGUGUUUUUCUUUUGAAUUUAGCACUGGCUGACUUAUGCUUUUUACUGACUUUGCCACUAUGGGCUGUCUACACAGCUAUGGAAUACCGCUGGCCCUUUGGCAAUUACCUAUGUAAGAUUGCUUCAGCCAGCGUCAGUUUCAACCUGUAUGCUAGUGUGUUUCUACUCACGUGUCUCAGCAUUGAUCGAUACCUGGCUAUUGUUCACCCAAUGAAGUCCCGCCUUCGACGCACAAUGCUUGUAGCCAAAGUCACCUGCAUUGUCAUUUGGCUGCUGGCAGGCUUGGCCAGUUUGCCAGCUAUCAUCCAUCGAAAUGUAUUUUUCAUUGAGAACACCAAUAUUACAGUUUGUGCUUUCCAUUAUGAGUCCCAAAAUUCAACCCUCCCGAUAGGACUGGGCCUGACCAAAAAUAUACUGGGUUUCCUGUUUCCUUUUCUGAUCAUUCUUACAAGUUAUACUCUUAUUUGGAAGGCCCUAAAGAAGGCUUAUGAAAUCCAGAAGAACAAACCAAGAAAUGAUGAUAUUUUUAAGAUAAUUAUGGCAAUUGUGCUUUUCUUUUUCUUUUCCUGGAUUCCCCACCAAAUAUUCACUUUUCUGGAUGUACUGAUUCAACUAGGCAUCAUACGUGACUGUAGAAUUGCAGAUAUUGUGGACACAGCCAUGCCCAUCACCAUUUGUAUAGCUUAUUUUAACAAUUGCCUGAAUCCUCUUUUUUAUGGCUUCCUGGGGAAAAAAUUCAAAAAAUAUUUUCUCCAGCUUCUAAAAUACAUUCCCCCAAAAGCCAAAUCCCACUCAAACCUUUCAACAAAAAUGAGCACGCUUUCCUACCGCCCCUCAGAUAAUGCAAGCUCAUCCACGAAGAAGCCUGCACCAUGUUUUGAGGUUGAGUGACAUGUUCGAAACCUGUCUAUAAAGUAAUUUUGUGAGAGAAGGAGCAAGAGAACAUUCCUCUGCAGCACUUCACUACCAAAUGAGCAUUAGCUACUUUUCAGAAUUGAAGGAGAAAAUGGAUUAUGUGGACUGAACUGACUUUUCUAAAGCUCUGAACAAAAGCUUUUCUUUCCCUUUGCAACAAGACACAGCAAAGCCACAUUUUGCAUUAGACAGAUGAUGGCUGCUUGAAGAACAAUGUCAGAAACUCAUUGAAUGUGUUGAUUUGAGAAAUUUUACUGACAGAAAUGCAAUCUCCCUAGUCUGCUUUUGUCCUGUUAUUUUUUUAUUUCCACAUAAAGCUAUUUAGAAUGUAUUAAAUUGUUAAAGGAGCAACAGGAAAUGAGAGUUCAAGAUUGUUCUGUCCAAUUUCCAAAGGGCAGUAAAGCUUUUGUGCCUGUUUUUAGCUAUUAGCAACUGUGCCACACUUGCACCUAUUACUGCACAUUUUGUACAAAGAUUUGCUAAGCAGUAGUUGUCAAGUUUCAGAUCUUUUUGUGAAAUUCAACCUGUGUCUUAUAGGUUUACACUGCCAAAAAAAUGCCCGUAAGAUGGCCUAUUUGUAUAAUGGUGUUACUAAAGUCACAUAUAAAAGUUAAACUACUUGUAAAGGUGCUGCGUGGGUCCCAAGUAGUAGUGUCUUCCUAGUACAUUAGUUUGAUUUAAUAUCUGAGAAGUGUAUAUAGUUUGUGGUAAAAAGAUUAUAUAUCAUAAAGUAUGCCUUCUUGUUUUAAAAAAGUAUAUAUUCUACACAUAUGUGUAUAUCUAUAUCUGAACUGCUGUUAAUUGAUUGAAAUUUGGCAAAGUUAUAUUUACUUUAAAAUAAAAUAAUUUUAUUGCAA